CCGCACCAAAAAAUUUGAUUCCUUCACCACACCUUCCUUCUUCUCCCUCAAGGGCUCUAUAAUCGACAUGAUCCAUCCUUCUCGAGGGCUUGGGUUAGUAAUCAACAUGAUCCAUCCUCCUCCUCUUCUUCUUCUUCUUCUUCUCGCUCUUCUUCUUUCAACUGAUUUAUUACCUCCUUCAUAUGCUAAUACCGAAGGAGCUGCUUUGUAUGCACUGAGAAGAGCCAUGAAGGACCCGGAGAAUGUGCUGGUGAGCUGGGAUCCGACCUUGGUGGAUCCUUGCACUUGGUUUCACGUUACAUGCGACAAUGAUAAUCGCGUUACUAGAUUAGACCUUGGAAACGCAAAUCUGUCGGGCAGUUUGGUUCCCGAGUUGGGGAAGCUUGAGCGUCUUCAGUAUAUGGAACUCUACAUGAACAACUUGGUGGGUGGCAUACCAGAGGAACUUGGAGGACUGAAAAGUCUUGUGAGCUUGGAUCUUUAUCAUAAUAACCUAACUGGCCCUAUACCUUCGUCACUCGCCAGACUCUCCAACCUAAAAUUCCUAAGGCUGAAUGGUAACAAGCUGACAGGAAGAAUACCAAGAGAACUUACCAAACUUGAGAAUCUCAAGAUCCUUGAUGUGUCGAACAACGAUUUGUGUGGCACAAUUCCCACCUCGGGUGCUCUGUCUAAGUUUACAGAAGAAAGUUUCAUGAAUAACCUGAGACUGGAAGGACCGGAGCUGAUGGGAUUUGUGAGGUACGACAUAGGAGGAGACUGUAAAUGAAACAAAGCACGAACAGAUGCCAAAAGAAUCCAUAUAUCGACUCUUUAUGUGGAGGGGGAAAGAUAAGGGUUACGGGAUAAGGGGUAAGGGCUAAGGGAUAAGGGAUAGAGGGGUUUACAACUAAAGUUUACUAAUAUUGUUAUAGAAGUGCUUAGCAACUAGAACGAAUGUUCCCAUUUGAGUGGACAAAUUAUUAUCACAA